AUGGCACAAGACCAGUUAAAAAAACAACGUUUAGUUUAUUCAAUUUUAAAAUUUCUCGAUAGAGAAAUACAAACUGAAUGUGGAAAUAUUGAAAGACGAGAGAGUAUUGAAGUUGCUGUUCAAUGUCUUGAAGCAUCAUUUGAUGUUUCUCUUGCUAAUCCACAAAAUGAUUCAAUUUAUGGUCAACAUGUAGAUCUUCUAUCAGUUAUACCCAAUAAAUCGUCAACGAAAAAAUUAUUAACGGAUGAUAUGAGACAACAAGCAGAUAAAUUUAAAAAUCAAGGAAAUGAAUUUAUUAAACAAGAAAAAUAUAAAGAAGCUCUUGAAACAUAUAAUGCAGCUAUACAAAUUGAUUCUAAUAAUGCUAUUUAUUAUUGUAAUCGGUUAGUCAGAUAUGAAAAAAAAAAAGAAGACAGUCAAAGUCUAUUGUAGAAUUCUAUAUUAAUUUAAAAUGAAGAGUUCUUAAUUGACAUUUUGCCUAAAAAUAAAUUUCUAAUAGUCAUUAGAUAAUUUUGAAAUUGUCAACAAAAAUACACAUGAGACGAUUGCAAGCCAUUUGUACAAUUUAGCUCCGAUUUUUUUUUAAAUUUUCAUUUUUCGCUGGAAUGAUUUUGCGUAUUGAGAUAGAUAGUACUACUAAAGAAAUAAAGGAAGCCGGCAGUUGUCUCACUACCACUAUCAAGAAUAGCCGAAAUUAUGAAAAAUUAAAGAAAACCUACCCCCGCUCAGAAAAGUCGAUUUUUGGUGAAAAGCAUGAAAAUUGAGAUAAAUGCAGAGGAAGAUAGUUCGAGGUCUGAUCUUUCAAAAAUGACAUGAUUU